UGCUCACCGCACCCUGGAGCCAGCCGCUCUGAGCGGGAGGAGCGACGUGUGUGUGUGUGUGUACAGGCACCCAGCGGACGCAGAGAAGGAGCAGCGGAUGGCAGCGUCUGUUCCUCUGACGGAGUGAGGAGCCCGCGUACUCUGAGCACACCAGCAACCCGUCUCCUGAAGGACCAGAGGAUUCUGAGGACCAGGGUGUGUGUGUGUGAUUGUGUGCGCGCGUGUGUGUGUGUGUUUGUGCACGAGAAGAGGAAGAGUGCAGGGAGAGGUGAGGGGACAACGUAGGGGAAGGGCAGAGGAAGGAGAGGAUCCGAGGAGGAGAGGAGACAUAGACGGAGUCGAGCGGAGAGAGGUUCACCACGUUCUCUCCCCCUCUGCUUCCACCGUCUUCGCUGUCAUGCCCACCGCAUAGGACUCUGUGGCUGCCACGGCAACCGCCAGCUCAGCAGCGAAGGAAUCGGAGGCGUGCGUUGAGUGGACCCGGAGAAGAGGGGGAGAAGGACCCUUAAGGAGGAAGAGGAAGAGGAGAGGAGGAGGAUGGCGGCGGAGGAGAAGCCAGGGCUGAAGAGCAGCAGCUCCAUCGUUCCCUGCUUCCUGUUUGUGGAGCUGGUGAUCAUGGCCGGGACGGUGCUGCUGGCGUACUACUUUGAGUACACGGACACCUUCCCCGUCCACGUGCAGGGCUUCUUCUGCUACGACCGGAGCCUCUCCAAGCCGUACCCGGGGCCGGAGCACGCCAGCCGCGUCCCGCCCCUGCUGCUCUACGCCCUGGUGACGGCCCUGCCCACCUGCACGAUCCUGGUGGGGGAGAUGUGUGCGUUCUUCACCAAGGCGGAGGGGACCCAGGAGAAGACCAUCGUCACGGCGGACUGCUGCUACUUCAACCCCCUGCUGAGGCGCAUCGUCCGCUUCCUGGGUGUCUACGCCUUCGGGCUGUUCACCACCACCAUCUUCGCCAACGCGGGCCAGGUGGUGACAGGAAACCAGACGCCCCACUUCCUGUCGGCGUGCCGGCCCAACUACACGGCGCUGGGCUGCGUGUCGGCCGUGCAGUACGUCACCGAGCGCCGCGCCUGCACGGGGAACCCCCUGCUGGUCGCGUCCGCCAGGAAGUCCUUCCCCUCCAAGGACGCCGCGGUCAGCGUGUACGCCGCCAUCUACACUGUGAUGUACGUGACCCUGGUGUUCCGGACUAAGGGCACGCGGCUGACCAAGCCCACGCUGAGCCUCACCCUGCUGUGCCUGGCCCUGCUGGUGGGCGUGGUCCGCGUGGCCGAGUACCGCAACCACUGGGCCGACGUGCUGGCCGGCUUCGCCACCGGGGGCGCCAUCGCCGUCUUCCUGGUGACCUGUGUGAUCAAUAAGUUCCAGCAGGUGCACCCCCCUCCGCCGCCGUGCCGUCCCCAGCGACCUGAGUCCGUGCUGGGCAUGCCCAUGAUGACACUGCCCUGCGUCCAGAGCCCCUUAGAAAAGUUAAGUGGCCAGCAGACAUCGAGGGGGUCUUCCUUCACCGAGAUCACAUGACCAUCAGCCCUAUCGGUUUCCCGCCACGCCCGAUGUGCUCCUCCCCUCUCACUCCAGUCAGGUGUAGAGGCGGACCCCCGCUGGGGGGCUGUCUCCCCCCAACACCCCCCCGCCUCCCCCCACCGGUCUUACUCUACGCAGGUCUAGGCCUCACAAACACACACACACACACACACACACACACACACACACACACACACACACACACACACACACACACUGACACACAAAUAAACAUACACACACAGAAUACAUUUACAACAAAGCGUGCACGCACCAACCUUUACACACAUGUAGCUGAACACCCACAUAAAUACAUGUCUAUUCAAAAAGAACUACACAUGCCUUCACACACACCCACGCACACGCACACGCACACACACACACACACCCACACAAAAGUAUAUGUAUACAUACGUGAAUGCACACACUUUUAACUCACAUAGCAAAAUAUAUACACAUAGCAUACAUACAUACAGACAUAGAUACACACAUAACUUUACACACACACCAACACUCAAUGACCGGUCCCUAACCUUCUCCUGAACCCCGUCCCUGGAAACCGAUAGGAUAACUCUGCCAAGACUUCUGCUCUGGUUCCUCCACCAGCAAACACGCGACGCUUACAGACUGCUGAGCUCAACAUCGAGGAACCGUGCUAGCCAUGUUCGUCUGUUUUCUCGUCAUAUUUUUCUAUUCCUUUUUCUUCCAGAGACUUUGAGUGUCGUUUUUGAAUCCACUUUUUAUAUGACCCUGGAUCACGGGAGGCUCCAACCGGACGUCACGCCGUAGGCUCCACGGCGAUGUGAUCGGAGGGGAAAAUACAAAACCUUUGGGGGAUUUCUUCUCGUUCUCGACGUUCACCCUGUGACCGGGGUGUCCCUGAAUGAGCCGCUGGGUUUCUCCCUGUGAACUGCAUCUCCGUUAAAUCCCAAGUCACAGUGAAACUCUCGACUCGCUUUCCACCUUGGAUUUGAGAUCAGUGGCCUCUUUUUUUAGAGUCUAACCUUCUGAGAUUUAAAACAUCUCUGUUCAAACACACACAUCUGCAGCACUGCAUUUCACCAUUAUUUCCAGUUAGAGUCUGAAUUCAAAUUAAAAGAACAAAGAUAAGUGUCCUUGCAUGUCACUACUCAUGAUGAACACUAGGGGAACCCAACGGAUUGGAACUGCUGUACUUGAGGAAGAAUGGGCAGCUGAGAUGCACAUGCUUGCUCACAUGCACACGACUAGCACAUUAACACAUGAAUGCACAUAAAGGCCUUCAUAUGAAGGUCAACAGGCGUGUACACACACACAUGCACAACAUGAAAAACUCUGCUUCAUCUCAACGGACCAGUUGCAAACUGAUUCUGUUCUUAGGAGGAGCAAGAUGCACCAAUCACUCAGAACAUCAUGGUGGCAUUACAUGAUGCCACGGACAUUUCAACUGUUGUCUUGUGGAAGUCUUUCCGAUGAAAAGCCUGUGGCUCGGGCCGGCUAUGGAAAAUUCCGUCACACCAAUUGGUUUGUUUCUUUGUAUAUUUAUUGUUGAGAACGUGAUGACCACAGAUGCUGAUUUAUUUAUCAAUGUGAAAUACCGUGUUUCGUGUGUAGCUGAGCAGUUUUGCUGGUUUUGAUUUGCACACGCAUGGCCCAUGCUUGUUGUUUUGUUUUGGUCGGUUCAUCUAUGUUACACAAUACUUGUUUGGGGUAUUUCCGAUCGCUACCUAUCCUGGUUCCCGCUCUCCCUGUGUGUUGUGGGUAAAUCUUGAUAGUCACCGUGCUACGUAUUGUUUUCUCUAAUGGAUCACACACACGCACGAAACACACACACACACACACAUACACAUACACAUACACACACACACACACACAUACACAUACACAUACACAUACACACACACACACACACACACACACACACACACACACACACACACACACACACACACAUACACACACACAUUGACUUUCUCUAAUAACAUCCUACCCCCUCUCUCUCUCUCUCCUCCUUUUACAUUUUCUUACACGGGAGCUUGUUUGUAUGAAACUGUACAUAGUUCAUCCUUUUUGUAUCAUUGAUGUUAUUCAUUCACCAGCGUCUCGUGCACUGUAGCAGUGGAGUGGACGGGGCGGGGUGGCUGAGUGACUCAGCCAUUCACCACGGUGGUGUGGUCAUGAAGGGGGGGUUCUUCUCUCUGAGCUACACUUUUACCUCCACCCUAGCUUGGUCUAGAGAGACACUCUCGAGCCAAGGAUCCCUGAACUCGUCGGUUGUAAAGAUGACUGUGAAACUCAUAAUCUCUUGGUGUGAUGUCCUCCACGUCUAUGUCACUCGAUUGAUGGACGGCUGUCAUUUCAAAUCACUGAUUAGCAACCAUGUAUCCACCACUGUUGUGCGACCCAUUUGGUUUAUGGGUGUGUGUUUGUGUUACAAUCUAACAACACACAACAUUUGAAAGCAGCCAUAUUGUGAACAGCCAACUGAACUAUGGAAUCCUGACCUUUAGUUUGACCUAAACAGGUUCAUAUUUGGGUGCAUUCAAAUAAAAACAACAAUGAAUUUGG